AUGGCCAAUAGUUGGAUGGAUCAUUUCCCGCGGACGACUUCUAAGCUCUUAGAUGAGAUGGACUCUAUUUUGGGCUACAGUCUCUCCUCCAUCAUCCGGAAUGGCCCUAAUUCAAGCCUCAACCAAACACAGAAUGCACAGCCCGCGAUUAUGGCAGUCUCCCUUCUGAUCCUCCGCAUCUUAGAGCAGGAGUUCGGAUUUAAUAUUGGCUCGCGUGUCGAUUACACUUUGGGUCAUAGUCUCGGGGAAUUCACAGCCUUGGUUGCCUCCAAGCACCUCGAAUUUUCCGACGCCCUUCGGUUGGUUCAUCGCCGUGCCUUGGUGAUGGCUCAGUGCACGCGGCAAGUUGUUCAAGAAUCUGGAGAUAGCCAUGGCAUGGUGGCACUCAUUUGCGAAGAUGAUCAUAUUGAGAGCUUGCUCAGGACUGUCAAUGAGUUCCUGGAUCCAGAGGCUUUUUACCCUGACGACAACGGCCAUCCGCCCUGCCCCCAAGUUAGGGUCGCCAACAUCAAUUCUCCCAAUCAAAUUGUUCUUAGUGGCAGUUUAAAAAAGAUCCGAGCCCUUCUUGUGCAGCUUCGCCAAUUUGGAGGGCAUGACCCGCGCGCAGUAAGAUUGAAGAGCGACAGUCCAUUUCACAGCCCGGUCAUGCGCCCCGCUGCUGAAGAUAUGAAGCUUGCCAUGGAAGAGAUAAAUAUCACAUUUCCGGGGGCGAUUCCAUGCAUUUCAAAUGUGUCAGCACUGCCUUAUAAAUCAAAGGAUGAUCUCAAACACCUCUUAUCGCGUCAAUGCGUUGAUACAGUGCAUUGGUGGGAAAGUAUCCGCUAUCUUCACCAGAAUCAAGGCAUUCAGCGCUGGAUUGGUAUUGGGCCCGGAAAGGUAGGCCGAAAUCUGGUGGGCAAGGAGGUUGGGAGAGUCGAUGCCAAAGGAGGUGGCGUGUGGGCCAUUUGCAAUCCCAAGGAAAUGGAGGAAACAUUGCUAGCACUGGAGCAGACGGAGCCCAAAGUACAGUGA